CAUACUUCCUGAAGUUGUUCAAUAUAAUAAUCGUCGGGAGAUAUUCUCCGUAUAUCGUAGAAUUUCUGGAAUCACAAAAUCAAAUCUAGGGUUAUUACGCCAGCCGCCGAACUCAACUCAGGAACAAUGCCGCGCUAUGAUGAUCGCUACGGUGGAAACCGCCUCUAUGUUGGCCACCUCUCUUCCAGGACGCGAACUCGAGAUUUGGAGGACAUCUUUAGCAGAUAUGGAAGAGUACGUGAUGUAGAUAUGAAGCGUGACUAUGCAUUUGUGGAAUUUAGUGACCCUCGAGAUGCAGAUGAUGCCAUCUACAGGCUGAAUGGACGUGAAGUUGAUGGGAGUCGCAUCAUCGUGCAGAUUGCUAAGGGGGUUCCACGCGGACCUGGUGGAUCUCGUGAAUAUUCUGGAAGAGCUCCUGCUCCAGGAACAGGGCGCUGCUUCAAUUGUGGAAUUGAGGGCCACUGGGCUCGUGAUUGCAAGGACGGAGACUGGAAGAACAAAUGCUAUCGUUGUGGGGAACGUGGGCAUAUAGAAAAAAACUGCCACGAGAGUUCCAAAAAGUCAAGUGGACGUGCAAGGAGCUACUCUCGAUCACCAUCUCCACGCCGUGACAGGCACCGAAGUCGUAGUUAUAGUAGGGGUCGCAGUUACAGCCGAUCCAGAUCACCUGCAGAGAGAGAACACAGUCUGGAACGACGGUCCAGGAGUCCACCUAGACAGCGCAAAUCUUCACCACCACCAUCAAAAGAGAGAUACCGCAGCCCCUCACCUGAUGAACGGAGCCCUCGGAGAAGAGGCACGCCGUCACCCCAGGAUGAUAGACCAGCCAAUGGUGGUCCUGAAAAUGGAAGGAGCCGCCCCAAUGAUGGGUCCGAAAGUGAUGAUGAGAAGAAGAAUAUGAGCCCUCCCGAAGAGAAUGUUCGCAGUCGCAGCAAUAGCCCUAUCCGUAGGCGCAGUGAAACUCCAUCUGAAGACGAGAAGCGUCGUUCCCCAAGAGGCAGUGAGUCUCCUUAAGUUGUGCCAAUGCCAUGCUACUUAUCGUACUGAUUUGUUGUGAUUUUCGCCUUUCAAUUCGUUUUGUGCAUUUGCGUUGAAAGACUCUUUGAGCUUUACUGGUUCAGACUGCCUAUGGAAAUGGAUAUCGCUUAUAUAUGUGUGUGCUUCUAUCUCCAUUAGACUAUGUAAUUUCAUGCCACAACUUGAACUUUGUGUUUUUCCCAAAAAGGGUGUUUGUCUUAAACUUUCACUAUGUCAUCACUUUCUAAUAUUCAAUGCAUAAUUAGUGAUAAGUGCGUAGAAAAUGCCCCGAGCUAUUUACAGACUA